AUGGCUACGACUACAAUUCAUGAGCCAAAAGAUGGAGUCAAACUGGCACACGUUGCAGCUUUACUUGGCCUCCUCGAGGUCCUGGAAACUGAUCACUGCCAGCUCGAAAUUGACGUGGACAUCCGAGAUGGUGACCAGCGAACUCCUCUGUUCUACGCUGCUCUCGCAAGUCAGGCAGACGUAGUGCAGUGGUUACUCGAUCAUGGAGCAGAUGCAAACGCUCAAGAUGUAAUCCGACAGACGCCUCUGCAUAUUGCUGCUCAGCAUGGCGUAGUCGACAUCGUCCAGAUGCUCCUGCGCCAUGGCGCGAAGACGCGUACCCCAUCUUCUACUCGGACUACAAAGAGUAUGUUGCAUGGGAUUACAUACGAUCACGAUGGUGUCCUCUUGGGCGAAGAUAAUGAUCUGUGCGUAUCUAUGCCCAAGUGGAGCGGUACGCCUGUUCAUAUCGCAGCUAUCGCUGCAGAGCCUCAAGUACUAAAGCUUCUCCUUCGCCAAUUCCUGCGAGAAGGUGGCUCUAUCAACACAACCGACGAAAACGGUCGCACCAUCUUCCAUCAAAUUGCAGGGGUUCAGGCCGAUAAUUUGUGGUCUUGCUGGGAUGUCUUGCGCCGAUACUCAAGGCCUCCAAACACUUUCAAUCAAGACAGCCUGGACAACAACGGGGAGUCUGCUCUGCACAUCGCCACACGGAAGUACCGUCCAGGAAUAAGUUCCCUGUUUCAGGACGGCUUCGCUGGAGACCCAGAGACCGGAAACCCGAUUUGGAGUCCUGUCAUUACACUCAUAGAGACAUUCGGGACAGCUGUCGACAUCCGAACGACCAGCGGGGUAACCCCGCUACAUCUCGCAUGUAAAAGGGGGAUCCUUAACCUGGUCGACUAUCUUUUCACUCAAGGUGCCGAUGCGCGCUUGUAUGAUCAGUCUGGCCAGACUGCAUUGCAUUGGCUUUGCAGCCAAGAGCAACAAGGUAUUGAGAAAAGGCCUGUCAUAUUGAGUCGCCUUGCACAACGGAUGACUUUGGAAGAUAUCGAAGCCAAAAGAGCCGACGGUCAAAGUGCUCGGGACCUCGCCGUCAAACCCGAUGCUAAUUAUCUCGAGAGGAAAAGGCGUUAUGAGAAUCGCCUGACACCAAACAUUGAAACGUCCACAGAGCCAGAGCUUGAGCCUGUUGCGCAACUCAACUACUACCAUUGGACAGGUGGUAUGCGUUGUGAAGGGUUCGAGGAACUUCACAGUGCCAUUGAUUCCAUGAUUGCCUUGGUCAAGUUUGAGGCUUCAGACGAAUCAGAAGCCUAUAUGCAGGGACAAGCAAACGAGCUACCUCACAUGCAACAUUGGAUGGAGAAGAGACGCCUGUAUCGGGAGUCUCAGGUGAAGAAUUGA